UAGAUUAUUGAAAUAUGUACUGUUUGGUAGGAUUGGUAAGUAGUCAUGUCUGCUAGGAGGGCAGGUUCCUAAAGAAAACCACAAGCCAGCAAACACGCAACUUUCAUCCCGUGACAAGAAAUCAAACGAGAGAAACAGGUAGGGUCAGGAGAGGAGCUGUAGUCAUUUGAGUUUCUCUACUUUAAAGACAAGUGAGACGUUAGAUUUAGCGACGAGAAGUAUUCUGGAGAGAGAGCUUGUUUCAGGGAGUACGUAGACUUUUACCUGGCAGAAUGGAUCCAUCAAGCCACAGUCCUGCACAACACAGGAAAGGGAAAGGAAUGUUCGGGCUGAAAGUGAAGAAGAAGAAGAAAGUCAACACAGAAGGUCUGGUCUUGGCAAACAAGGGUGCUCUUGAUGGUGCAGAGGCCCAGGCUAACGCUGAGGGUGCAGAUCUCGAAGGCCUGAACCCUGAAGACGGCAGGCCUUCCGGUCCCUCAGGCCUCAACCCUGUCAGACACAAGCCUAAAACCAAAAGACACAAGCUCAAGCCAAGAAUCCUGGACGCUGAGAGUAAAGCACAGUCCUUCCAGAUAGCAAUCAACAUCACAGAGGCCCGACAGCUGGUUGGAGAGAACAUUGACCCCAGCGUGGUGAUAGAGAUAGGGGAUGAGAAAAAGCAGACGACCGUGAAAGAGGGAACCAGCGCUCCCUUCUACAAUGAGUAUUUUGUGUUUGACUUCUUUGGCCACCAAGAGACCUUCUUUGACAAAAUCAUCAAAUUAUCGGUGAUGCAUUCCAAAAUCAUGAGAAGCUUUUGUGUUGGAUCCUUCAAACUGGAUGUGGGGACAGUCUACAGGCAGCCUGGUCAUCAGUUCACCAACAAGUGGGCAGUGCUGACUGACCCUGCAGACAUCCGCACAGGGGUCAAAGGUUACCUGAAAUGUGACAUCGCUGUGACAGGCAAGGGAGACGCCAUGCAGCCUUCUCAGAAGCUCAGCGACGCUGAGGAGAACAUUGAUAAGAACCUGCUGCUUCCAGAGGGUUUCCCAUCAGAGCGUCCCUGGGCCCGGUUCUACGUGAAGGUUUACCGGGCAGAGGGUCUGCCUAAGAACAUCAUGGCUAACAUCAUGGCCAACGUCACCAAGGCUUUUAUAGGGGACAACACGGCCCUCAUAGACCCAUACUUGGUGGUGUCCUUCUUUGGACAAACGGGCAGAACAUCGACCCAGAAGAGCACAGCAGACCCGGUGUGGAACGAGCAGGUGGUCUUCAAAGAGAUGUUCCCUCCGCUGUGCCAGAGGCUGAAGAUCCAGGUGUGGGAUGAAGGGAGCAUGAAUGAUGUUGCCAUAGGGACACAUUACAUCGACCUGCGCAGGAUCUCGAAUGAGCAAGAUGGUGACAAAGGUUUCCUUCCCACGUUCGGCCCAGCCUGGGUCAACCUCUACGGCUCUGCCCGCAACUUCUCCCUGGUGGACGACAACCCUGAGCUGAACGAGGGUGUGGGAGAGGGCGUGUCCUUCAGGGGCCGCGUCUACCUUGAGCUAGCGGUGGAGAUCCUGUCAGGGGGGCCGGGUGCGGCCGAGUCCAAAGCCCGCAUGAAAGAUCCCAAAGCAGGGAAAGCUGGAGGGAAAGACCCCAAGGCCCCCACUGGGGGGGCAGGUGGAGGCGGGGGUGCAGGAGAAGAGGAGAAAGCCAAGGCUCUGGGGGCAGAAGUGAUGCCAAUAGAGUCUCCACCUCAGGGCGGCGACACUGACAAGGACACCUUUCUGCUGUUCGGAGCUCUGUUUGAAGCCUCCAUGAUUGACAGGAAGGUCGGGGACAAGCCAGUGAGCUUCGAACUUUCUGUCGGGAACUUUGGGAAUGCCCUAGAGAACCCGUCUCAGCCCAGUACUAGAAGAAAGGUGGAGAGCUCCGAGACUGAGGGCACCCCCCUGCUGGAGACCUCAGACGUCUGCAAGUCCUCCUCCCCCCCAGAGAAACCUCUCAUCUGUGACGGGAACAGGUACUACAUGCACCUGCCCAUUGGCAGACAGAAGCCAUGCGUCCAUGUGUUCAGUCGCUGGGAGGACCGCACCUAUCGUCUUUACAAUUCCAACAUGUUGGAGAACAUCGGCACUGUGUUUGAACAGGGUAUGGCCAGUGCAGGAGAGCUACACAAGCAGUCGGAUCCUGGAGCGGAGGUUCUCAUUCGUCGAUUGUUUAAGGACUUCUGUAUGGAUGCCAGACACUUCAUAGCCUUUACAGAUGGGAAGGUAAAGAAACUUCAGCUGACAAUGUUGGACAAGAAACGCCUCACAAUGUGCAAACAAGAACUGGAGAGUAUGAUAGCUGAAGCUGAGUCCAUCGCUGAAAGAAAGCGGAAAUCCCUCAGUGUGAAAGAAAUACUCCUGGAGGCAUCCAAACUCUCCCAGAAACUCAGGUUCUUGGUGGAGGAGCCCCAACACACUGUCCCAGAUGUGUUUGUGUGGUUGCUAAGCAACAACAAACGCGUGGCAUAUGCCCGGGUCUCCGCCCGCGACCUCCUCUACUCUGCCAACCCAGAAGAGAGGGGCAGGGACUGUGGCAAGAUUACAACCUUAUUCCUCAAGCCCCCAGGGAAGCGAGUGGUGGGCUGGACCGUGCUGGCUAAAGUGGACAUCUAUCUGUGGUUUGGGAGCUGCACAGACUCCUCCCAUGUGCUGGAGGAGUUGCCUGAAGGGAUGGAACCCAAGGAGGGCGCCACUCAGGGGCAUGUUGGUCCCCUUCCGGACCACCUGCUGUAUCAAGAUCAUCACAACUUCCAGCUGCGAGCCCACAUGUACCAGGCCAGAGGGCUGAUAGCUGCAGACAGCACAGGCCUCUCAGACCCGUUUGCCAGGGUCUCCUUCCUGUCUCACAGCCACAACACAGCAAUCAUCAACCAGACCCUGACCCCUACCUGGAACCAGACACUGCUGAUGAGAAAGCUGGUGCUGCACGGAGAGCUGGCUCACCUGGCCCAGGAGCCGCCACGCGUUGUCAUCGAGGUGUACGACGACGACGCCCUGGGCAAGGCAGAGUACCUGGGCUCCACUGUGGCCGUGCCCGUGCUUCGAGUGGCCGACGAGCCCUACUUUCCUCCUGAGCUGCAGUACUGCCCUAUUUACUGCGGGGGGCAGUCUGGGGGCGACCUUCUGGCUGCCUUCGAACUCCUCCAGAUCCCAGAGUCCGGUGAGGAGAGUCUUCCACUGCUGGAGGAGGCAGAGGGACUGGUUUACCCUGUACCUGCUAACAUCAGGCCUGUCCUGAGCAGGUACCGCCUGGAGGUGUUGUUCUGGGGUCUGAGGGAGCUGAAGAGGGUGCAGCUGCUGUCUGUGGACCGGCCGCAGGUGUUUAUAGAAUGUGCAGGGAGCAGUCUGCGUUCCUCUGUCAUCCAGAGCUACAAGAAAAACCCCAACUUUACUGUUCUGGUGGACGCCAUAGACAUGGAGCUACCAGAAAAUGAGCACCUCCACCCUCCCCUCAGCAUCAGUGUGGUGGACUGGCGCGCGUUCGGACGCAGCACCCUGGUGGGAAACCACGUCAUCAACAACCUGCGGCCCUUCAAAUACACCUCUCUCUCUCUGCCCCCAGCCAGCAUGAUGGCCAAGCCUACACUUGCCCUGGUUAUGGACCCACCUAUCAGAGAAGGUGCAUACCAGCUGUCAGCAGACAGCGACCCCUCGAUAUCAAUCCCCCCCGAGGACUGCCUCAUCCCCAUAGACCAGGAAGCACCUCCUAGGGCUCCGCCCCCUACUGAAGCGCCGCCUGAGAAGAAAAAAGACAACAGACAGAGCUCGAGGAGGUCGACGAAGAGGAGAAAACGCACCAUGGCAGACGAAUCAGCAGAGAGUGUCAUCGACUGGUGGUCCAAGUACUACGCCUCAGUGGACAAGAUCCAACAGGCAAAGUUAAGAGAAGGGCACCCAUUUCCAAAUCUGUAUGACAAUGUAUCUUCAUUCCAAAACUUGAUUUCCGAUGGCGUAAACUCCUUGGUUGGUGGCCAGCAGGUUGAUGAUAAAAAGAAGAAAGUACCCAAAGUGAAAGAAGUCAAUGUGUUAAGUGGCAAACUGGCCACACUGCAGCUGUAUGACAAGGAGCUGGAGGCAGAGUUUGGUCCGUUUGAUGACUGGGUGAACACCUUUGAGCUGUUCAGGGGCAAGGCCAACGAUGAGGACGGAACGUGCGAUGAAAGGUUCGUGGGCAAGUUCAAGGGUCGCUUCUGUCUGUACAAGCUGACUGAAGAUGAAGAGUGGGAGGAAACUCCAGACCCGGGCGACUUCAAAGUCAACCUCGGGAUCCCCUCCAAUCACUCCGUCAACGUCCUCAUUCGUGUCUACAUAGUCUCUGCUGCCAACCUCCACCCGGCAGACCCGGAUGGGAAGUCGGACCCCUACAUCGUCCUGAGGCUGGGAAAAACCGAGAUCAAAGACAGAGACAACUACAUUCCCAAACAACUCAACCCUGUCUUUGGCAGGUCAUUUGAGAUCCAGGCGACGUUUCCUAAGGAGUCCCUGCUGACCGUCCUGAUCUACGACUACGACUUGGUGGGGGGUGACGACUUCAUAGGAGAGACCAAGAUCGACCUGGAGAAUCGCUUCUACAGCCGCCAUCGGGCCACCUGUGGCCUGCCCACCGAGUAUUCAGUUGACGGGUACAAUGCAUGGAGGGACUCCCUGAAGCCCUCAGAGCUGCUGAUGAAGCUCUGUAGAGACAACGGUCUAGACGGGCCCCACUUUACACCAGGAAAAAUCACCAUUGGGGACAAGGUCUUCACGGGGAAAACCCUCUUCUCAGACGAGGAGCAGACAGUGGAGUCCUAUGAACACCUGGCUCUGAAGACCCUCCACAGGUGGGCAGAGAUGCCUGGGGUGGGGCUCAGACUGGUGCCAGAGCACAUUGAGACGCGCUCACUCUACAACAAGGCCAGGCCAGGCAUGGACCAGGGUCAGCUCCAGAUGUGGGUGGAAAUGUUCCCUAUGGACAUGCCCCUCCCCGGACCCUCAGUGGACAUUUCCCCACGAAAACCCAAAGGGUAUGAGUUAAGGAUCAUCAUCUGGAACACUGAGGAUGUGAUUCUGGAGGACAGCAACUUCCUCACGGGUCAACAGUCAAGUGACAUCUAUAUCAAAGGGUGGUUAAAGGGCUUGGAGGACGAUCGCCAGGAAACUGAUGUCCACUACAACUCUCUAACAGGUGAAGGCAACUUCAACUGGCGCUUCGUGUUUCCCUUCAGCUACUUACCGACUGAGAAAGUGGUGGUGGUCAGCAAGAGGGAGAGCAUCUUCUCUCUGGACAAAACCGAGCAAAAACUCCCUGCCAUUCUGGUGCUGCAGGUCUGGGACUUUGAGAGGCUGUCAUCUGAUGACUUCCUAGGCACGGUGGAGUUAGACCUGCAUGGGUUUCCUCGCGGGGCUAAGUCAGCCAAAGCUUGUAAGCUGGACAUGCUGGGUGACAGCAUGGAGAAGAUCUCCAUCUUUCAGCAAAAGCGUUCCAGAGGCUGGUGGCCCUUCGUCAAGUCCGAGGAACUCACGGGGAAGGUUGAGGCAGAGUUCCACCUUGUAACCGCAGAGGAGAGGGACAAAAACCCAGUUGGACGAGCCCGCAAGGAGCCAGAACCACUAGAGAAACCCAACCGCCCCGACACCUCCUUUUCCUGGUUCAUGAACCCCUUCAAGUGUUUCUUCCACCUGAUCUGGAGGAAUUACAAGAAAUACAUCAUCAUAGCCCUGGUCCUCCUCAUCACUGCUCUGUUCAUUGCCCUGCUGCUUUACACUCUCCCUGCAGCCAUCUCCCAGAAGAUCGUUAAUGGAUAAGAUGCUCAACAGACUUACACACAUCACACUGUCAGGUGGUGUGUGACCUAAUGCUGUAUCAUGUAUAGUGGCUGCUACCUGAGGAAUGACUGAACUUCAACAGUUAGCAUUUAUUGAGAUUUAGCAAGAAAAACCUCAUUAAAAACAAUUUGGUAGUGAAAAAAUGCUGUGACAAAAUACUCACUGCUCCUCUUUCAAAAUAAAUGAUUACAUAUUUUAAAUAAAGAUUGCAUACGCAUAGAUACAUGUAGGGAAAUGUCAAUGAUCAAGUUUUUGUUAUAUCUAUAGACAUGUCAGGAUAGGUUCAAUAUGUCUAACAUUUUACAUUAUGUGAAGCACUUUGAAUUGCCUUUGUUGAAAUGUGCUAUACAAAUAAACUUGCCUUGCAUAAAUAUUAAUUCUUCUUAAAGACAAUUGUGACAAAUAAAUACAAUAAACAUUUUAACCAUCA